AUGACCCGUGACCCCUGUCUGACCUCUGACCGGGUGAAUAUCCCGCCCCCUGAUUGGCUGAGCUCACUAACCCGCACACACACACAGGUGAGCAUGGCGGCCCAGGUGUCCGCGGUGCUAAUGCUCCUGCUCGGACUCUGCUCCGGUUCCGAUCCGGACUCUGAGCGCGGGAGGAUGGAGCUGCGACGCGUGCGCAGCCUCGCCACUCAGCCCAGGUACGGAGAGUGCUGGGCGCGAGCUCUGGACCACCUAGACACGCGCUGCAGGGAUCUGACAUCAGAGAGUCAGAGGCGGAUCGCGCUGGGCUUCACUUUGUGUCACCUGAGCAGGUGUGUGUUUGUUUGUUUGUUUGUUUGUUUGUUUGUUUGUGUUUGUGUGUGUGUGUGUGUGUGUGUGGGGGGGGGGGGGGGUGGACAAAGAUCUGACAAACACGAAGUGAAAACGACAUCGAAACAAAAACAAUAAAAACAAAGACGUGGGAGUGCAGGGGCCUGGGGCCUGUUCUACGAAGCAAGUUCAACCUAGCUCAACUGAAGGCGGUAGCCAGCGGUCUCGCUAAACCAUAGACAUAAUAAAAGAUAGACCCCGCAUCGGCCGCUACCACGAAUGGGCGCUGUCGAGAAAUGCGGCCGCCAUCUUGGUCCGGUCAUCCGCCUUACUCUGCACCGCUGUUUAACCGGCGGAAUGAAGUCUGAGCGCAUUAAAUGAAUCAUAGUUCGCUCAAUACUACGUAAUUUUCUUUUCUGCAAACGCCAUUCAAAGAGGCAUGAUAGAGGCCAUUUUUUUUUUGGCGUUUUCAAAUACUCAGAAUGAAUUAAAUGAUAUUUUAGAACAUGGCAGCAGUGGCUGUAUUAUAGUAUAACAAUUAAUCAAGGAUAUAUCUAGGUUUGGAGCUAGGUUCCUGCUAUGUCUCAAUAAUUAUUAAUAACUGGCGGUUUUAAUAGGCCAAUUCAAUAUAUAUUGAUUUGAUUAUAUUUUAUUUAGUUUAAUUUUAUUUAUCCAUUUGUAGACACACACAAAUAAUGUCAUAUAGAAGCACUAUUUUAAUAACUGGAAAAUACACACAAAGAAAUACACACAAAUAUAUAGCCUACAUAUCAAAACAAUUUAAACACAAGAACAGCAUGACAGGACAGCAUCUAAGCUACAUAUCAAUUUGCUUGUUGGCUACAUAGCACAGAGGAAUCACUUGCUGUGAAUUUCUCCCUCUAACAGCAAUCUCCCACUUCUUCCUCAAGUUUUUGUCCUUAGGAAAUCUUCAAAAUGAAACAGGAGAUCACCACAAAGAAAUCUUUAAUAAAACAAAUAAUAAAACAGACCUCACUUUCUUCCUUCUUCUUUCUAUUUUAUUUCUUAACGUUUCUUAGAACAAAAGUUUUUCAAUCUAAUGCAAAUCUGUUGAUAACAGAGCAAAGUUGCUAUUAUUGUGAAUAAGCUAGCUGUUCGCAAAUGCUGUUUCCUUUUUGGAGUUGACCGAUAGUCUUCCUCUUUGGCCUACAAAUGACUCUACAGUCAAGUGUAAUGUUGAAAAAAGGUUUAAUCAUAACUGUGAAAAGUUAUUCCUUGAGCCCUGUUCUCUGCUGUCCGCCUGUUGGCACAGGAAUACGCUGCACAGUGCUCCGGUAUCGCUGAAUGAAUGAAUGAAUGAAUAUGAUCGACCGGAGCGUAUGGGAGGCUUGACCUGACCAAGAUGGCGGCCGCAUUUCUCGCUGCGCAGCACCCCCAGCGGGGUCUACCCUUUAUUAUGUCUAUGCGCUAAACGGUCUUACGACGCUGGUUAUCAACCUUGUAAGUUGAUCCAGCUUUCCUAUGAGCGCGUGCACGCAUGUAAGGCGGAGCCCGCCGCAUCUGACCAAUCGCGAACAUGGACCAGUCUGGAGCGUCAGAGCCGGAAGGAGAGCGAAGGACCGCAGACUUUACAAACGAGGAGCAGGAGACGAUCAUGAGAAAGUAUGAAGAAUGCAAAUCUAUCAUAAACCUCAAAAGCAACACCGUCGCUGCUGCAAAAGCACGGAGGGAAUGCUGGCAGAAAAUUAACACUGUUCAACAUGCGCUUUUAACUAAGGUGACCAGACGUCCCCGAUUUCCGGGGACAGUCCCCGAAUUGGAUGAUCUGUCCCCCGGCUAAAGCUGUCCCCGAAAAUGUCCCCGAUUUAAGCGUUUCAUGAAUGAGAACAAAAAUGUUGCAUGUGGGCAAGAACAACGGUUAUUACAGUAGGUAGGAGGCACAAGUGAGCAGUCCUGAACAACAGUAUUUACGGGGUUAUUACAAGGGGCGUGUGCUGCUACUAAAUAGUACCAAGCUGUUGUCUGUGAUCACACAGCCCCUGCCCAUCAUUCCGGAAAAGUAAGUGGGUCCGUGCAGUCCCUGAAAACUCUCGUGUGCCAGAGUGCUCGUCUGACAAUGCGAGCACCGAGGUCUAUAGGAUCCUCCAAGAACGGACAAGCCAUUGGUCAGUUGGCGGGGUUUUUAUACUCCGUGAGUUCAAUCUGGAACCUAACCUGCCCCGGAGCAGGUUAGCCGUUCAGCGUAUGUUGCCAUGGAGACUCGCCUCGCUAAGAAGUGAACCCGCGUCGUAGAACAGGAACAGGCCCCUGUUCUACGAAGCAGGAUUACUGCUUAGCGAGGGAACUUCGAGGGUAAGUUCGGGGUUUCCUGUUCUUUUUCGGCGUAAAAUUAAUUUAGGGUCAAACACACCAGAGAUGAAUGUUGCCGACCGCUUGUUUUUCUAGUUAUACCAACUUUAGUAAUGACCGCAGAUAACAAUACAGAGAGCCAUGCACUCAACCAAAAUGCCACUCUAUAGCCACAAAUAAUGCUCAGAACAGCACCUAACUUCAUCAACAGGACAUAUAGGGUCCCAGCUUUUUAACUUUGACUUCUUUAGCAGAGAAACUAAACACAACUCACCUACUCUCUUCCAGCAGCCGCUUGUUUGUAGCGAGACCUCAGGCGAGUCCAUUACAGACUACAGGGGGGUGCCGCUGCUCAAGGAACAACAUUUAUGGUAAUUUCUUCAUCAUUUCCUUUAAGUAAUAAUCACCAUAUUGAUCAUUUUGCACUGCAGACGCAGUAGUUCUUCUGCCUUAGCGUCUCGGUUUGAUUGUAUUUCCAUGAAGAAAUUAUCAUAAAUGUUCUUCCCUAUCCUAAUUUCUUAUCCUCCUUCUUUAUCUUCUUUCCCUAUCCUCCUUUCUUAUCCUCCAUUUCUAUCCUCCAUUCUAAUCAUCCUUUCCUUUCCUCCUUCCCUUUCCUCCUACUCUAUCCUCCUCCCCAUCCUUCUUUCCUACCCUCCUUCCCUAUCCUCCUUUCUUAUCCUCCUUCCCUAUUAGUCAAAGUUAAAAAGAUGUUUGGUGGCUAGUACUAUGGCUGGGACCCUAUAUAGUCCAUGAGCCAAGACCCCAAAAUUGACCCAUCAUAAUAAAUCAGGUGGGCAAUUUCUACUUUGUUUUUUUGAGUUGCUCCACAUCCCCAGUUUAUGGUUUGGCAUGAUAACCCUUGCAGACUGGUAGCUUAGUGAAGGUUAUCAUGCAUUUAAUCUAUGGAGUCCUGGAGCAGAAAUACCUGAAUUUCGUAUGGUACUUGUUUGCUAUUAUAGGGCUUGUGGACUACUUGUUGACUGCUCUGCCCCCCUCAGUCGUUCUGAUUUAUUCCUAAGUCAUUGGAGAACUGAAAAAAGUAGUUUGAUUUGUUGUCCAGAUGAAAUAUAAGACUUUGAUAGCCUUCUUUUUAAAAAAUAUUCAUAGGCGGAAAUAGCAUUUUUAUUUUUCUCAAUUGGGUAAUAUUUGCAUCAUUUUAGACACUGGAUUUGAAAUCUGACAAGUCUUACCUUUCAGCAGGUAUCAAAUUUAUGCCUGUAGCCCUUAUAGUUUUUGAAAUAUACAUUUUUAUCUGCAUGUUGUAAUAUGCAGAAUUUUGGCUAGAUUUGAUCAAGACUCCAGAAUAAUAAUAAGAAGAAGAAUAAGAACUUUAUUGAUCCCCAAAGGGAAAUUCAAUUGUCUGUUGUCUCACAUAAUAUGUCUAUAAAAGUUAUCUAUUAUUUACAUAAAAGUUAUAAAGCCUGAUGGCUGUUGGUACAAAAGAUCUUCUAAAUCUUUCUGUCCUGCAGUGAAGAGAGAGGAGCUGUCCACCACCAUUGGCCCUUUGGUCCAUCAAGGUGUUGUGAAGUGGUUGAUCCAUGUUCUUUACAAUAGACUCCACUUUCCUCAGUGUAGAUCUCUCCACCACAUCCUCCACUGAGUCCAGCUUGAGUCCUACCACAGAGCCAGCCUUUUUCACCAGUUUGUUGAGAAGUCUUGCAUCUUUGUGUUUGAUGCUUCCUCCCCAGCAGACUGCAGCGUAGAACAGCACACUGUAGAUCUACACCACAGACUGAUAAAACAUCUGCAGCGUCUUACUACAGAUGUCUAAUGAUCGGAGUCUUCUCGGGCAAAAGAGGCGGCUCUGCCCCUUCCUGUAGAUUAAGUCUAUAUUCUUAGAGCAGUCCAACUUAUUAUCCAGAUGUACACCUAGGUAUUUAUAUGAUGUCACCACUUUGAUGUCCACUCCACAGGUGUUCACUGGCUGAAGAGGGGGUUUGGCUCUAUGACCAUCUCCUUUGUCUUUGAGGUGUUGAGGAGGAGGCAGUUUUUGUGACUUCAGUCACUGAAGGCUCCUAUUAGAUCUCUGUAUUCAGCUUCUUGUCCAUUUCUGAUACAUGCCACAAUAGCGGUGUCAUCUGAGUAUUUCUGGAUGUGGCAGGACUCAGUGCUGUAUUUGAGGUCUGAUACGAGUCUGGUGGCUGCACUGCGAGGCGUGGCUAAACUGCUAAUGCUACUCGUGCCGUCAGCAGUAGCAGGCUGUACAGAGUCUACUCACAUUUUCAUGCUUUCCGCAUAUUCAGUGGGGAGGUACUUCUUCAAAUGAUUAAACAGAUUUGUUGUUUAGCUGAUUUUUGAGGGCACCCAUCGCCGACAUACCUUGCUCAUCGGCUUAAUUACUCGACAUAACUUUUGAGAUACCCAAACCAGCACCACACAGCAGACGUUGAAUAACUUCUCAACAAUAACAUCUUAGGAGAAUAACUCAAAGUCACGACUGACAACUAUCAUGCUGCCCUCAGCUCAGCGUUUAGCUCCAUGUUCGGUCAUUCUGUUUACUUCUCCUGUUUACUUCUCCAGCAUCUUACAGAAGUGAGCAGGAAAAGCUCGACUCUGAUUGGCUGUUGUGACGCACAUUUCCGCCAUGUUUGAUCGAGUAAAUAUGCUCUCAGCCGAUCACCGUGAUCAUAUAAUCUCAAGAUCACGAUCAUAUAAUCGCCCAGUCCUCGUUAUGAUUUCACUAAAUUCUCUUGGAACAUAAUAUGGCCGAAGAGCAACUGUCAACAGUUCAAUAUCUGGACAACACAAGUUCUCCCUGACAGUUAUGUGUGAAGGGUUACACCAUCUCUGGUUGAGAAAUAAAGCCAGACCUCCUCCUUUCUUCUUGCCACUAGCUUGAGCAUCUCUGUCUGACCUUAUGAGAGUGAAGCCAGGUAGAUCCACACUGGAGUCUGAGUUGUUUUGAUUCAACCAGGUUUCAGUAAAACACAGGAAACUGCACUUACGGUAUGCUCUCUCAGUCUUCACCAAUAUCUCCAUCUUAUCACUUUUGUUGGGCAGAGAGUUGACGUUUCCCAUAAUGAUUAAUGGAAGAAAGGGUUUAUAUCGCCACCUCCUAGUAGUGCAAUGGAUAGCACAUUCUUUACCUUUUUUGUGUUCGUCACCUUCACUGGAUUCAGUGGCCAUGUUUUUCCUAGGCCAUCCAUCAAGUUUCUAAAACACUGAGAUAAAACGUAUUUUAAAGGGGUUGUGAGAAUAAUCUGCUAAUUCAAAUGUGCAGUAUGCAGCUUGCCCCUUUUAAAAAUGUGAAUAAGCCUACAAAGUUCUAUACAUUCUAGUACAACCUGUGUGUGUGUGUGUGUGUGUGUGUGUGUGUGUGUGUGUGUGUGUGUGUGUGUGUGUGUGUGUGUGUGUGUGUGUGUGUGUCUGCAGCUUUAAUUUGUUUAUCUUUCAGAUCAACAAGCUAGCUAGCUAGCUAGCUUGCUGGGUAGCAUUUGCUAACACAACUAUCAUUCUGAUCAGCAUUAUAUUUAUUGGCUUUCUCCCAUAUCAUUUACGGUACAUUAUUGUGACAGCAGGUUCAUUGUUUUUGUGGUUUCAUUUCACCAAAUUCAGUUCUAUCUCCUCCUCUAAUGAAACAAUAUCUCCCUCCCAAUCGUUUGUCUCAGCAAACCUAGCUAGCGCUGUAGCAGCAGUCACAUCCCCAGUGGCAUCACUUCACCAGUAAUAGUCAUAUCAAAAUAUAACACACCCCCAAAUAUUUUAUUUUAUCACCAGAUGUGUUUGAUUAAUGUAGGUUGAAUAAUUCACAUGGGAAACAGAAAAUCUUUCUUACCUGAGUGAUUGAGAGAUGAGAGUAACAGCUUGGAAAUGUCAGAAGCCAGAAAAUCUUGUUGUGCAUGUGAACAUAAAAAUGUGUGUAUUUCCAAAAUAUAAGGGCUACAGGCAUAAAUUUAGGUACCUGCUGAAAGGUAAGACUUGUCAGAUUUCAGAUCCAGUGUCUAAAAAUUAUGCAAAUAUUACCCAAUUGCUCUGCUGAGAAAAGAUACACAAGAGAAAAAUAAAAAUGCUCUUUCCGCCUAUGGAUAUUAUUUAAAAAGAAGGCUAUAAAAGUUUUCAAUUUCAUCUGGACAACAAAUCAAACUAUUUUUUUUAGUUCUCCACUGACUAAGGAAUAAAUCAGAAUGAUUUAGGGGGGCAGAGCAGUCAACAAGUAGUCCACAAGCCCCAUAAUAGUAAACAAGUACCAUAAGAAAUUCAGGUAUUUCUGCCACAGGACUCCAUAGAUUAAAUGCAUGAUAACCAUAACUAAGCUACCAGUCUGCAAGGGUUAUCAUGCCAAACCAUAAACUAGGGAUGUGGAGCAACUCCAAAGAACAAACUAAAAAUUGCCCACCCGAUUUAUUGCAAUCAGUGGUCUGGCUCAUGGACUAAUAUGUACUGUUGAUGAAGUUAGGUGGUAUUUUGAGCAUUAUUUGUGGCUAUAAAGUGGUGUUUUGGCUGAGGUGUGUUUAUGGCUCCUCAGACCACUGUGUAUUGCUAUCCUGAGGUCAUUACUGAAGUUGGUAUUACCAGAGAAGCAAGCGGUCAGCAACAUUCGUCUCUGGAAGGGGUGUCUAACUUGGUGUCACGGUGUGUUUGACCCUAAAUUAAUUUUACGCCGGAAUAUUCCUUUUACUGUUCUGUCCAAAAACUUCUGUGUCUUUUUCCGAGUUAUCUGUGUUUAGUUAUAAUAUCCAAAUAUCGAUCACAGACAAUCCCUUAAAUUUGAAUCCUUGUUUGCAUGACUUUUGAAAAAACUUUCAUUUUUCCACAUUAUUGUCAUAUUUUGAGCUGCAUUAGGGUUUAAAGGCCACGACAUUAAUGUGUCACAGUCAACACAGUGCUCUAACACAUUACACUUUUGUUAAAGAAACAUCACUCACAGGUAACUCACAGGUAACCCCGAACUACCCGGAUAAUUAAACAUGUAUGCUGAGGUACAGUGUGUUGUUAUUAGGAACAUUAUCAGAAAAGUCUUGGACUGAAUAAAGUGAAAUAUUCAUGUUUUUAAAACUAGUGUCUGUCUUUCUCAGCUCAGGCAGGAGAUUACCGUCAUGUCCUGAGGGGUCAGAGGUCAGCAGGUGCACAGGUGCGAUGGAUGCUGUGGCCUUUAACACUUACACAGAGUUCUUCACUCACACACACUCCAUGUGUCACUUCCUGCAGUCUGAAGCCUGGCAGAGCCGAGCUGAAAGCACCAUGUACAGGUAAUACCCACACCUGCACAGGUAACACACACACCUGCACAGGUAACACACACCUGAACAGGUAAUACACACCUGAACAGGUAACACACACACCUGGACAGGUAAUGCACACUUGGACAGGUAACGCACACACCUGGACAGGUAAAGCACACACCUGGAUAGGUAACGCACACACACUUGGACAGAUAACGCACACACACUUGGACAGGUAACGCACACACCUGGACAGAAAAUGCACACCUGGACAGGUAACGCACACACCUGGACAGGUACAACACAAACCUGGAAACGUAACACACACCCCUAGACAGAAUACGCACACAUCUGGACAGGUUACACACACCUGGACAGGUAACACCAUAGACUGUAUAAAGAAUAGACAUAAGCUGUGUCUCAUUUCACAGACCGCAUCGGGAUAAGCACUAAAUAUCCGUGAAUGACAUUGAGCUUUAGUUUAUGAUAUGAAUCCAGAUGCCAUAAUAAGGCGUUGGUGUCUCUGCAGGUGUAGGCUACCGUUGGUGUCAGAGACGUGGUGCUCGUCGGAGCUCGACUCCCUCUGGAUCACAAAUGUUGAUCAUCAUCAGUUUGAUUGUUUCUUCAGAAACCACAAAAACUCUCUGAAUGACCUGCUGAUACAUCCACAGAUAACCCUGCAGAUGACCAGCUACAGUCAUUUCCCCCUCCACAAAAGCAGCUUUAUGACUUUAUUUACUUUAUGACUUUAUUCUCCUAAAUUUACAACUUUAAUCUCUAAAUCUUAAAAGAAAAAACAACUCAAUGUUGUCCUGAUCCUCUGCUGUAGUUUUUUUCAGUUUUCUUAUUUCUAAUGUUUUUGAUAGUUGUAACACAGCGGAUCAGUUCGUCUCUAAAUCUAUAAUGUUUGGUUUACAGAUUUUAGUGAGUUCAGAGAUCAUGCUCUCAUACAGCCUGAGCUGACUGUCUGCUGUUUUUAGAUUUCUUUUAUUUUCUUUGAGGACACGCUGCGUCUCCAAGCGAGUCCAGCCUCUCACCCGAAAUGCACAGCUGUGCAGCGGCACGCAAAGAAUUCUGGAAUACCAACAGCACGAAAGCGUGCAUAAAUGCACGCUUGAAAAAUGCGAAGCGCUUAGCAUUUCUUAGCAUUUCGUGCCAAAUGGGACACCGUUCGCGCUGCGUGAUGACAUCAUGCACGCUUCAAAUGCGCCGUUCUCUGAAAUGGGACACAGCCAUAGUCUGCCUCCUCGCUGGGUGAAGCCACUCCGAGAACAGCACCCUCUGUUGAUGGGCUGCAGUAUAGGUCAUAAAUCCCGCCUCUGUCAGCAAAGCUUAUGGGGCUGUGGACAAACUUUAGAAAUUUAUUACACAGAACAUAAUUUUUCUCCCGCCUGCUUGUGAUGUUGACAUGUAGUUACUGUCAGACUGGUUUGUACUCAAGUCCUCUUUUUUUCUGUGAAGCUCCGUUUUUAAAAGUUAUUAGGGGGUUCAUGUUUUCUAUGAUUGACACUUGAUAUAGCCUAUGGGCGUUCAGGGAUUGCGUAGCUCUCCUGGGGGAUACACAGUUUGAGCCGAGCGUCAUCACCAGCGACUCCCGGCCACUGCGCGCCCGAAUGCGCGUAUCGCUACUGCACAGCGCUGGUUUCAAGAAAUGAAGAAAAAUCCCUGAGAUACUGAGAUGUAUUUGGCUUCAAAUCCGUAUACAGGCGGUAGGCGGAACCAAGUUGUCCAUAGUAUAUACAGUCUAUGGGUAACACACACACCUGGGGCCUGUUCUACGAAGCAGGAUUACUGCUUAGCGAGGUAACUUAGAGGAUAAGUUCGGGGUUUCCUGUUCUACGACGCGGGUUCACCUCUUAGCGAGGCGAGUCUCCAUAGCAACAUACGCUGAACGGCUAACCUGCUCCGGGGCAGGUUAAGUUCCAGAUUGAACUCACCGAGUAUAAAAACCCCGCCCACUGACCAAUGAGCUCUCUCGAAAAACGGCUUGUCCGUUCUCGGAGGAUCCUGUAGACCUCGGUGCUCGCAUUGUCCGAGGAGGAGCACUCCGGCUCGCGAGAGUUUUCAGGGAGAGUUUUCUCCGGAUGACCACCUUUAUGAAAGGCUCAUAUGGCCGACAUAUUACACAAAACAUGUAAACACGAUAGGAAUGAACAAAUGAAUGAAUUCAUCUUGGGAAUGAUGGGCAGGGGCUGCAUGAUCACAGACAACAUCUCGGUACUAUUUAGUAGCAGCACACGCCCCUUAUAAUAACCCCGUUAAUACUGUUGUUCAGGACUGCUUACUUGUGCCUCCUACCUACUGUAAUAACCGUUGUUCUAGCCCACAUGCAACAUUUUUGUUCUCAUUCAUGAAACGCUUAAAUCGGGGACAUUUUCGAGGACAACUUUAGCCGGGGAUAGAUCAUCCAAUUUGGGGACUGUCACCUUAGUUAAAAGCGCAUGUUGAACAGUGCUAUUUCAGGGUGAUAAUGACAUCAAAGAUUUAUUUUCUGCCAGCAUUCCCUCCGUGCUUUUGCAGUGGCAACGAUGUUGCUUUUGAGGUUUAUGAUAGAUUUGAAUUCUUCAUACUUUCUCAUGAUCGUCUCCUGUUUCUCGUUUGUAAAGUCUGCGGCCCUUCACUCUCCGUCCUGCUCUGACACUCCAGACUGAUCCAUGUUUGCGAUUGGUCAGAUGCGGCGGGCUCCGCCUUAUAUGUGUGCACGCGCUCAUGGCAAAGCUGGAUCCACUUAUGAGGUUCAUAACCAGCGUCGUAAAACCGUGUAGCGAGACCGCUGGCUACCGUGCUAAGUUGAGCAAGGUAGCUCCAAGGCUACCUCGCUAGGUUGAACUUGCUUCGUAGAACAGGCCCCUGGACAGCUGGAAAAAUGUGAGUUACAGCAAAGACACCUGAACGAGACAACAAUUAAAACUUCAUCUGGUGGAGUCUGAUCGAGUGAACAGGGGAAAGUAGGGCUUUAGAUUUCUGUCCAUCCAUCUGUAAUGACGCACACACCUGGUGAGGUAACAUUCCCACUAGUUAAACACACAGAUACAGGUAACACAAAUGUACAGGUAUCACAACUGUACAGGUGUUAACAGGUGUAACAAUGAGUACAAAUAUAAAGUAAAUGUAGUGCAUCUGUUUCAGGUUAACGGAGAGCUCAGCAGGUGUCGCUGAGCAGCUCCUGACCACCAGGCAGAUGGCUGAAGACCUGAUUGACGCCCAGAGCGCUGCCUUACAGGCACAGCAGGAGCUCUUGAACAACGGCGAGGAGCUGAGAGUCACCCUGAGAGACUCCACACAGGGUAAAAAAAAAUACUCACACAACUUCAGAUGGAAGUCAAGGUGACAAUUCAGCCAUGUAAGGCACCUGACACAGGUACAAACUCAACCUGACAGAUCUGACCCACAGUUAAAAUCAUCACAUCCUGACAGCAUCUGCCCAGGGAAAAAAACUCCAAUCCUAACAGACUGUACUCCGGGUUAAAAUAGUCACAUCAUGAGAGACUCAAAGUACUCGACUUACAGUAUUUUCCACCUGUUCAGUCUGCCCCCUUGUGGACAAAAUAUCUACGUGCCUCUCAUAUCAUUGUUGUAUUUCGCCCAGAUGUUACCUGACCCUCCUCGUGUCUCUCCUUGUGUUUCCUGUCUACCUGUUCAGGUUUGCAGGCAGUGUUCUCCGACCUCAGCAGUGUCUCCAGGGAGCAGCAGGUGGCGCUGUCUGAGCUCUUCAACAGAGUCUCCUUCCUGCAGAGUUUCCUGCUGAUGGAGGCCCACAGUCUGAGCUCCUGCUGCUACAAUGCUGCUGCUCUGUGCACCUCCUUCCUGCUCACCUCAACCCAGCGCUCCUCCAAGGCCAGGUAACUCCUCCCACCUCCACCCACAGCCAGGUAGUCUCCACUGACUCCAUCUCCACCCAGGGAGUGUUACUUUGGUGUCUGUUUGUGAUUGUAGGUUGGCGCUGUUGAGUUUGGUGUGUCUGAACUUCUACCUGGAGAGGAAGAUCUACCAGUUUGUGAUCAACUCUGAUUAUCCUGAACACACACACAUGGUGAGCUAACAUGCUAAUGCUAAUGUCAGACAUUCUGAGUGAUGACUGUCUCCUGGAGGAGAUAGGAAUGACCAAUCCAAGCCCAGUAAUUCUAGCCAAUCAGAGGCUAAGGAGAUAGAGACCUUGUCAUACCAUCCUAUGAAAAAAAACCCUGCCUCCUGCAGAGGUUAGUUAUUGGCAUAAGUAUUUGUAAAAAAACGACUUUAUUCUUUUGUAAAAUACUUUAUUCUUUCAUAAAGUAAUGACUAUUUUUCUAAAAAAUAAAGACUAUUCUGUCGUAAAGUAACGACUUAAUUCUUCUGUAAAAUAACGACUUUAUUCUUUUGUAAAAUCACAAUUUUAUUCUUCGUAAAGUAACAAGUUUAUUCUUUUAUAAAGUAAAGACUUUCUAUCGUAAAGUAACGACUAUCCUUUUUUAAAAUAACAACUUUAUUCUUUUGUGAUCUAACAUCUUUAUUUUUUGUAAAAUAACAACUUUAUUCUUUUGUAAAAUAAAAAUAUUAUUCUUUCGUAAAGUAACGACUUUAUUCUUUUUUAAAGUAACAACUUUAUUCUUUUGUGAUCUAACAUCUUUAUUUUUUGUAAAAUAACAACUUUUGUAAAAUAAAGAUAUUAUUCUUUCGUAAAGUAACGACUUUAUUCUUUUGUAUAGUAACAACUUUAUUCUUUUUUAAAGUAACAACUUGAUUCUUUUGUAAAGUAACAUCUUUACUCUUGUAAAAAACAACUUUAUUUUUUGUAAAAUAACGACUUUAUUCUUUUGUAAAAUAACAAUUUUACUCUUUUGUGAGGUAAAAACUUUAUUUUAUAAAGUAACAAUUUUAUUCUUUCGUAAGUAACGUCUUUAUACUUUUGUAAAGUAAUAACUUUAUUGCAAAAUCAUGACUAUUCUUUUGUAAAACAGCUUUAUUCUUUUUCAAAGUAUCGACUUUAUUGUUUGUCAAAUAACAACCUUAUUCUUUUGUAAAAUUACGACGUUAUUUUUUGUAAAGAAACAACAUCAUUCUUUUGUAAAGAAAAACUUUAGUAUUUGUAAAGUAACCACUUAAUUUAUUCUAAAGUAAUGACUUUUUUCUGUGGUAAAGUAACAACUUUAUUCUUUCAUAAAGUAACGUCUUUAUUCUUUGUAAAGUAAUGCCUUAUUCCAUCAUAAAGUAACAAAUUUACUCUUUUGUAAGGAAACCACUUUAUCUUUUCGGUAAGUAACAACUAUAUUCCUUCUUUGAGUAUUGACUUUAUCCUUUUGUAAAGAAAUGACUUUAUUCUGUUGUACAGUAACGACUUUAUUCUUUUGUGAAUUAACCACUUUAUCCAUUCGUUUGGUAACGACUGUAUUCUUUUGUAAAGUUAUGACUUUAUCCUUUUGUAAAGUAAUGACUUCAUUCUUUCGUAAAGUUACAAAUUUGUCUUCCUGUAAAAUAAAAACUUUUGACUCAGUCCUAAAAAUAUGAGAUUCUGGUCACAAACAUCUAGUUUUGAGACAUGACGACAUUUUUCUUUAUCAAACAACCUUCAUAAAUUAAUUUUUUCCUUUACUUGGCCCCUUACACUUUGUCUUAUAAUAAAAUCACUUUUUCUGAAAAAAAAAGGAAUUAUCUAAAUGCUUUUAAAAAUCAUUUUUACAGGUAGAGAAUAAAUCACUAAAAGUACCCGAACCGCCAACAGGGGGCACCAGAGUUAACUUAAACUAUAAGUUACUAGAAAGAGCUUUAAAACACUGGGAAGGAUGUACAGUUUGUGAUUAUUGACUUACUUUAGACACACACACACACACGUAUGAUUUUAGAUGUUUUUAAAAAAUUUGAACUAAAAUAUCAAAACAUGAAAACAAACAGGAGAGGAUGAAUAAACAGAUGAUUAAUGUGACAAUGGACCCGUUAUCUUUUUAUAUCUGAGAUCUGAAGGAGGUAAAAUUGUGUGUGUGUGUGUGUGUGUGUGUGUGUGUGUCUAGGAGCUGGUCAGUGGGUACGUGAGUGUGUUGCGUCUGGUCAUGGUGUGUGUUGGAGUGUGUGUCCUGCUGUGUGUGUGUGUUAGGUACAGAGAUCCGGUACAGCAGAGUCUGCAGGUUCUACAGCAGCUUAGAGAGACUCAGAGGAGCCUUCAGGAGGCGCUGCAGCACGCAGGUGAGUCUGCAUGCUCUACGGUCUAGACCCCAGUGGGGGGCAUGUCCUCCUACCUGAGGUUGGUAACCUCAGUGAAGGUUCCUCUGGUGUUCCUCCCUCCUCUUGAUUUUAGUGUUCUGGAUGCUUCCUGCUCAACUUGUGACUCGAGCGCCCUGAGAGUGGCAGCAAGUCACAGCAGCUCCUCACAGACUUACGUUUUUGCCUUCUUAUUGUUGUUUUUUGGCACCUUAUUUGUCUUUCUUUUUAGCAGUGUUGUGUCUUGCAUAUUCCAACCAUGGAUGUGCAUUUCAUGACUCUUGCGCUUUGUUUUCUUUUACUUUUCGGAGUUUUUAAGUCCGCGUCCGGUGACCCAUUCAGCGGCCCCAUUGUUUACAGCCGUGAACAGCUGUUGGCACUGCGCCAAGCCCGGCCACCUUCGUGGGAGAGACCGGACAUCCCCGCUAAGCUCCGCAGGAGAAGAAGAGGAUGCAGAGCUGGAGUUCAGCAUCGGGCAAAGCGGAGACGUUACAAACCAACUGUCCCGUCCAUCAUCAUGGGAAACGUGAGGUCUCUCCCCAACAAGAUGGAAGAGCUCACAGCGCUGACUCGGCUGCAGUGGGAGUACCGGGACUGCAGCCUCAUGAUGUUCACGGAGUCAUGGCUGAACAAACUCACUCCGGACCUGCUCGUAACUUUGGAUGGAUUUCAUCUCGUCAGAGCGGACCGGAGCGUGAGGGAGAGUGGUAAGAAGAAAGGAGGCGGGAUAGCGGUGUAUGUGAAUGAGAGAUGGUGUAAUGCUGGGCACGUCAGUGUUAAAGAGCAGCUCUGCUCUAAGGACAUUGAGCUGCUGGCUGUGAGUUUGCGGCCAUAUUACCUGCCGAGGGAGUUUUCGCACGUCAUCGCGUUAACUGUUUACAACCCCCCCUCGGCUGAUGCUGCUGCAGCCUGUGAACUCCUCCAUAAUGAAGUGUCCAAGCUACAGACAUCUCACCCUCAGUCUCUGAUCAUCAUCUCUGGAGACUUUAAUCAUGCAUCGCUCUCCUCCACUCUCCCUACCUUCAGCCAGUAUGUAAACUGCCCAACAAGAGACAAUAAAACUUUGGACUUACUGUAUGCAAACACCAAGGAUACAUAAACCUCCUCCCCCCUCCCCCCACUGGGCCGCUCAGAUCACAACCUGGUGAGACUGCAGCCCAUUUACAUACCUAUGGUGAGGUGGUCUGAGGAGGCCACUGAGGCGCUGCAGGACUGUUUUGAGACCACAGACUGGGAUGUACUGUGUGGCCCACAUGGUGAUGACAUCGACACCAUGACAGAUUGUAUCACGGACUAUAUAAACUUCUGUGUUGAGAACACCGUACCCACCAGGAAAGUACGGUGUUUCUCCAACAGCAAACCCUGGGUAACCCCUGAACUUAAAGUCCUCCUGAAGGAGAAGAGGAGGGUCUUUAAAUUCAGGGACAAGGAGGAGCUGAGGAGGGUGCAGAAGGAGCUGAAGAAGAAGAUCAGAGAGGGGAAGGCCAGCUACAAGACCAAGAUGGAAAACCUUCUGCAACAGAACAACGCGAGGGAGGUCUGGAGGGGCCUGAAAUUCAUCUCAGGUCACAGCUGGGGCCACGAGAGGGGACCUGAAGCAGGAGACAGGGAGUGGGCCAACGAGCUGAAUCUGUUCUUCAAUAGAUUUGACUCUGCUCCCACUCCUCCUCUGACUCAUCAAACCAACAACCCAUCUGCUGCUUCUUCUUCACACCACCUCAGUUCUAUGGCACCGGCAUCAUCAACCCCCCUCCACUCAUCCUCCACCACCCCCUCUAGCACCACCCCCAGCCUCUCCAUAACAGCUGACCAGGUGAGAAGUGAGCUGAGGAAGAUGAAGCCAAGGAAAGCCACGGGUCCUGACAGCAUCAGCUCCAGACUCCUGAAGGACUGUGCAGACCAGCUCUGUGAGGUGCUACUGCACAUCUUCAGCUUGAGCCUGAGUCUGGAGAGGGUCCCAACACUGUGGAAGACUUCCUGCGUGAUUCCUGUCCCCAAGACAGCACACCCCAGGGAGCCCAACCACUUCAGACCUGUGGCCCUCACUUCUCACCUGAUGAAGACUCUGGAGAGGAUCGUGCUGAGGAACCUCCACCUCCUGGUGAGCUCUCAUCUGGAUCCUCUGCAGUUUGCGUACCAGCCGAACAUCGGGGUGGACGACGCAGUCAUCUACCUGCUGCAGAGGUCCAUGGCUCACUUGGAGAACACCGGCAGCACUGUGAGGGUCAUGUUUUUUGACUUCUCCAGAGCUUUCAACACCAUCCAGCCUUCACUGCUCAGGGGGAAGCUCAAGAGGGCGGGAGUGGACUGUCACCUAGCUGCAUGGACCGUGGACUACCUCACCGACAGACCACAGUUUGUGAGGCUUCAGAACUGUGUAUCGGACAUGGUGGUCUGCAGCACGGGGGCUCCACAGGGGACAGUGCUCUCCCCCUUCCUCUUCAGCCUGUACACCUCAGACUUCAGCUACAACUCUGGGAGCUGUCACCUCCAGAAGUUCUCUGAUGACACAGCCAUCGUCGGAUGUGUAUCAUCAGGGAAUGAGCGGGAAUACAGGACUGUCAUCACUGACUUUGUCAACUGGUGUGGCACAAACCACCUCCAGCUCAACUCCAGUAAGACAAAGGAGAUGGUCGUGGAUUUCCGCAGGAGGAGGACACCUCAGACUGUUCCAGUGAACAUCCAGGGUCUGGACAUUGAGAUGGUGGAGUCCUACAGAUUCCUGGGUGUCCACCUUAACAAUAAACUGGACUGGUCAACAAACACAGACGUCCUGUACAAGGAGGGCCAGAGUCGUCUUCACCUGCUGAGGAGACUGAGGUCCUUUGGAGUGUGCAGGACUCCGCUCAGGACUUUCUAUGACUCUGUGGUAGCAUCUGCACUUUUCUAUGCAGUGGUCUGCUGGGGGGCAGAAAGCACCAAGAGGGACAGGAAGAGACUGAACAGACUGGUCAGGAGGGCCGGUUCUGUCCUGGACUGCUCUUUGGACUCCCUGGAGGAGGUGGGUGAGAGGAGGAUGUUAGCAAAGCUUGUAUCCAUCAUGGACAAUCCCUCUCACCCACUGCACCAGACUGUGGGGGCUUUAAGCAGCUCCUUCAGCAGCAGACUGAGACUUCCACCUUGCAAGACGGAGCGCUACCGCAGGUCAUUCCUCCCCUCUGCAAUAAGACUUUACAACGAACUGUAAUAAUAACUGGACUCACACCACCACUUUUUUCUAGCAUUUAAAUUGUGUAUAUUGUAGCUAGUUUUACUUUUCUUCUCCCUUUUUCCUUUUUCUGAAAUUUUUUCUUAAUUAUUACAUUUAUUUAAGUUCUUAAUAUUAGGAUCUUUAUUUUUAUAACUGCAUUUUUGCACUCUUUGUCUGUGAUGCUGCUGUGACAAAAAAAUUUCCCCCAUGGGGGAUCAAUAAAGGAAUAUUCUAUUCUAUUCUAUUCUGCUUUGACAUAAACACUUUUACAGAAUUAAGAUGCUAACCCCCAAUUUUCGCUGCAUCUGGAACGGCUCUGAUCCGCAAUGGUGGCAAUUUCACCUUCUGCCGUUUCCUACCGGAUCUGUUUCGUGGCGGAUUAUGGACUGCAAGAACCCGUGGAUUCACGUUCAAUCGUGUGAUAACGAGUUGUCUCUCUAAAGACAGACACAAAGACAUAUAAGCAGUAGAUUGUGUCCUUCCAGAGGUGGAAAUCUACUACUAGACUUCUAGAAUCAGCAUCUCCUCAUCCAUGGUGUCUUCGGGGUGAAAUGACGUCUAAAGACCUUUCACUUGUUCGUCUCCGCUCAUUUGCAUGGUGUGAAAUACGAUCUGCCUGAAUUACGGAGUGUUUUAUUUUGAAAAGAAGCCGGAUGUUUUAUUUUAUGUCUGUGCCUGACUUCCUUUCCAGCACGGGUUAAUCUGUGCUAAAUUUAUCCGGCAUGCUCCAGCGUCUGGAAAACAUAGAACUCUUGGGAUCAGCUGUGGAGUCCGGCGAUCUGCAGAGGAACGGAAAGAAGACGGUGGAAAUUGACACGUUAACUUGAAUGGUUACGAUCAGCUACGAUCGGAGGAUACGACAUUUUUGUGGCCGUUUCGGAUACAGUAAUUGGAGGUUAUGCUGACUGUGUGUAAGAAGUGGGCGGGGACAAAGUGAUGACACCACUCUAUUUGUUUACCAUAGUGUUGAUGCUUUUAUGCUGCGUUCGAGUUACCUCUGAAAUCAGAUGUCAGAGCUGAAAAUGACGUCGCAUCUAUGAAAGUUAUUUUAGCGCUUGCCUUAUAUUCGGACAAGGCAAGCACUAAAAUGAAUUUCGUAGAUGUAGCCAUCUUGUUUCUGCCUCCGAUUUUGCUUUUGUCUGUCUUGGUAACUGAAACGCUGGGAACUCGGGUGUGACGUCAUUUUUAGCUCGGGCAUCCAACUUCCAAGGUAACUUGAACGCAGCAUUAGUUUAUCUGUUUCCUACUAAACAAGUGUUUAAGAUCUAAAGUGACCAUAUAUGGACCAAAAGGUGGAGCCUGAGAAGAGAAGGACUGAACUGUCCGUCCUUCCCUCUGUCUGUUUGUCUGUCCGUCCAUCUGUCUGCAGAGUGUUUGGGGGUAAACCAGAAGAAGAGUCAGUCUGACGUGAAGACGAGACUUGAGGUAACCCGUGUUUCUGUUUUCAUUCACAUCCUGUGAUGUCACAUCAUGUGACCAAUCAAAUUUCUUCUAGAGGAGAACGGAGAGCAGGAGACAAAGAGAGGAUACACAGGGGAGGAAGAGGGAGAUAAAAAUAGAGGAGGAGGAGGAGGAGAGCACACUGGUGUGUUCAACCGCAGACGGCUCAGACCUGUCUCACCUCUCCUUCAGUGGUCAGUACCUGUUUGACUGGAAACUCUUCAAUCUGUACCUGUCUCACCUGUCUCCUUGUCUCACCUGUCUCCUUGUCUCACCUGUCUCUCUGUCUCACCUGUCUCAUCUCUGUGCUCAGGUUGGAGUGUGGACAGUCUCCUCACCAGCACAGUGAACAGCUCGUCCACAGAUGUCAUGCUGCGGUCAAACAUUACCAAGAAUGCCUCAGUGAGCUCUGAAAGGCACCCUCGUCGCUUCUCCUCUGCCUCUUCUCCUUUGGUGUACAGCGUUCUGGUGAGGGAAGAACAGGUGAGUGUGCUGACACUGUUCAGGUGAGGUGGACAGGAUGGAGGGUGGAGCAGAUUUUGUCUUGGAUGUAUGGUAGCCAAGAAGGUCAAAUUCAGUAGAACAAAAGUUAUUUCACAUUAUGGCACCUAAAGUCCUGGUUGACGAUCAAACUGAGCCCUUGAGGCAGGUUUGAAAAAAGCGUUCCACCCCCCACACACAAACCUCUCCCUUCUGUGCCUCAUGAUAACUCCCCCCUGAACCUGUAUCUCCCUCCCCACGACACACCCCUUCUAGCAGAGGAUCCUACGCUAACUUCAAAUAGGAUUCACCAUGUCGGAUUGUUAGUGAUUAGCAGCAGUAAACGCCAGCUCUGCUAGCUAGCUAGCAGCGUCGGCAGCUGCCUGGACAGCUAUUGUGUUGACAUUACAGAGACUAAUAAGAGUUAUUUAUGUGACAUGUGCCACGAUAAAAGGAGAUAAAAAUGACCUGUUCAACAAAAACUCUGCUGUCUCUGCGUCUGUUUUCUCCACCGCUUCAAAGAUGACCCGAUGUUUAUUCCAGUUAGAUUCCUCGCUUGGUCACAUUUCCUCUUCGUCUCUGCCCUUUCUUCUGUCAGCUUGCGUUUUCUUCCUACUUUUAGCGGUGGGGCGAGCAGAAGGUUUUUUUUCUUUCAUCCUUCUGCAUCACAGCUCCUGUAGCUAAGCUGCUACGCUACUUUUAGCCGUUAAGAACUCCGAGGAGGGCCCGGAGAGUGGGAGAGGACGAGUCGGAAACACGGGAGAGGGGUGUGUCAAAUAUAGCAAUGGAUUGGAUGAAGAGGCGGAGCAAGAGAUUGACCAAUAGGAGCUGUUUGGGACAUAAAUUUAGAAGUGCUGGGUUCCUAUCGAUUAUUCCUAAUGGCUGUGAAACGUCAUCAGCUGUCGGGUUAGGGUUAGGAGAUUCAGAAGUGCGAUUAUGUUGUGUUCGAUCUGCAGAGCUGACAGCCCGCGCUCGGCUUGAGCGUUUCCAGCUUUUCUAGCCAAUCAAAGGCGAAGGAGGCGGGACUUUCCGCUACCAUUCUACAAAAAAAUAUAUAUCAUGUCUGGGACAGAUGGCUCCGAUUGGUCAAUGUUUUUGCAGCCCUGCACCUGAUAGGGUGAACAGAUUUUUCCAUUCUUUUUUCUCUUCACUUUAUGGAGAUCGCACUAUAGGACCAUGAUCGCCAUAGAAACGAGGUUCAUAAUAACUGCCAAUCUCUACGAUCGUCAACCAUGACUUUAAAUAAAUCAAAACUAUCUCCCUGAGAAAUGAACCUUCUGGUGGAUUUUUUGACUUUAGACUCAGACUCUCAUUUGGUGAUGUUCGACAGUUUGAGGGCCUGUGCACACUCAGUGAGUUUGUACUGAUGGUGCCUACAACCUUUAUCAGGAUAUUAGAUUCAGGGUCAGUGUAGAGGAGCUCAUGCAGCAGAGAUGAGUCACUCCUUAGUCCAGACUUCUUCAUGCAGCCUGAUAAAAGUGAGUCACAGUAAUCCGGCCCAGAGGUGACAAGCGCUGGGACCGGUUCUUCUGGGUUCCUCUCAGACUGGAUUUUUCGGUGUUGGGACGGUGAACGAAGGCCGCUGUCAAAGUUUAGGAGGACUACUCUGAAUGAAAAGUUCCUGACCCCUUCUCUCUGCUCUGUCCCCUGUCUGUAUGUUCUCCAUUAUUAACACCUCUUCCUGAUUGGUCAGCCUCGCUACAGUCUGAGGAGCAGAAGGUCAGAGACUCGCUGA